UCCGGGCCUUCUUUGCUUUUCUUCCAUUUCCAACCGCUUCCCCUCAGAGAAACCAUGAGCAAGCGAAAUCAGGUAUCAUAUGUGCGUCCGCCGGAGCCGGCGUUUCUGGCCCGCUUCAAGCAGAAGGUCGGCUAUAAGGAAGGGCCCACCGUAGAAACCAAGAAAAUUCAACCGGAAAUCCCUGAAGGAGAUGAUGACAGAAGUGACAAUGAAGAUGAGCAGCCACAAGUUGUUGUGCUAAAAAAAGGAGAUUUAUCAGCAGAAGAAGCGAUGAAAAUUAAGCAGCAGAUGAAAUCUUCCAAACCAGAUGAAGAACCAGCUCCAGCCGAUGGGAAAAUUAUGUUCAGAAAACCAGCCAAGCGAUCCUCUGAUGAGAAGUAUUUGGGUUUGACAGCAAAUUCCAGAAAGAAGAAAAAAGAUGAAGAAAAAAAAAAGGAGGACUUGGUUCCAAAAAACAUUCAGAAACAAAUAAAAAAUAGUAGCCUGCUUUCUUUUGAUGAUGCAGAGGAAGAAGAUUAGUAAUUGAACAUAUUUUGAACUUCUGUAUUCUCUCCUUCACGGGCACACUAUGCUACCACCAAUAGGCCACAAGGCAUAGCAUCCUUGGCCUCUAUUUAUGAAUGUGGGUAUGAAAACUUGGAAUUUAAAAAUUUUUGUGUAGAGUUGAAAAUACCCUUAAAAGUGUUUCUUAACAUCACUAAUUUUGGUAAGUAAAAUAUAAUUUUUUUUGAAACUGCAACUUUUAAAAAUUGAAUGAAUCUGGCAUUGGAGGUAAAUAAUCACUUGAAAAUUUCUUUUUUGAGGGAUCCACUCUUUUUUAAAAUUUGAGCUUAUAGUGCCAAAGAUCACACAAAAAAAGAUUUUUUUAUAAAAUUAUGAAUCUAUUUUAUACUGUUUACUUUUUUAAAAAAGCAAAUAAUAAUUUCAUGUGAUACUUUCAAAACUGUCCUGCUUGUGUGUGCUUCCUUCUGGUUUUUUCUGAUUUGUUGUUUGUAAGUUUUUGAAAAAUAGUAUCUUACCACUACACACCUCUCAGAUUGGCUAAGAUGACAGGAAAGAUAAUGACGAUUGUAGGAGGGGAUGUGGGAAUACUGGGACACUGAUAUAUUGUUAGAGGAACUGUGAACGGAUCCAAUCAUUCUGGAGAGCAAUCUGGAACUAUGCUCAAAAAGUUAUCAAACUGUGCAUACUCUUUGAUCCAGCAGUGUCUCCAUUGGAUCUCUGUCCCAAAGAGAUCUUAAAGGAGGAAAAGGGACCCACAUGUGCAAAAAUGUUUGUGUCAGCCCUUUUUUUAGUGGCAAGGAACUAGAAACUGAGUGGAGUUUCUAUCAGUUGGAGAAUGGCUGAAUAAGUUAUGACAUAUGAAUGUUAUGGAAUAUUAUUGUUCUGUAAGAAAUGACCAGCAGGAUGAUCUCAAAGAGGCCUGCAGAGACUUAAAUGAACUGAUGCUAAAUGAAAUGAGCAGAACCAGGAGAUCAUUGUACAUGGAAACAAGAAGACUAUACCAUGAUCAAUUCUGAUGGAUGUAGCUCUAUUCGACAAUUGAUUCAGGCCAAUUUCAAUAGACUUGUGAUGAAGAGAGACAUCUGGAUUCAGAGAGAGAACCAUGGGAACUGAAUGCAGUUCACAAAAUAACAUUCUCACUCUUUUUGUUGUUGUUUGCAUUUUAUUUUGUUUCUCUUUUUCUUUCUUUCUUUUUUUUUUUUUUUUUUUACUGGUUUGAUUUUUCUUGUGCAGUACAACAAUUGUAUAAAUAUGUAUGCAUGUAUUGGAUUUAUCAUGUAUUCUACCAUGUUUAACAUAUAUUGGACUACUUUCCAUCUAGGAGAGGGCAUAGGGGAAGGGGAGAAAAUUGGAACACAAGGUUUUGCAAGGACUAAUAUUGAAUUGUCCAUACAUAUGUUUUGAAAAAUAAAAAGCUUUAAUUAAAAAAAAAAAAAGAAAAAAUAGUAUCUUGUAAUGAUGAAGAAAACAAUUUGAAGAGAAAAUCCUUUGGAGCAAGUAGAGUGAAUAUAGCCAAAGACAGUAGAACUAGGCAAAGUAGUGGAAAAAUAGAAAAAAUUUAAAAAAAUUUAAACAGUACAACCCACUAUUUUUCACUACCACAAAUAUUUACUGAUGAAGAUGAAAGACCUCUGUUUGCUUUAUGUAAAUGCUUUAGUUACAGACAGCAUGAAAUCUAAUCAAUUGAAAAGGGUAUCUUGGAAAGUAUACUUCUAGAAUAUAUUGAAAAGACAUUUUUUCCUAGAGAAAAUUAGAUGCUUUUAAUAAGAAAAAAAUGACAUUCAAAAAGCAUUACUGUGACAUCACAUAGAUUAAUGCAUCAUCUAAGGUGGCUUGCUGAAUUGCUAAAAGUAAACAGCUUCAUUCAGUAUGAGGAACAUUUAUUCUACCUACAGUUUUUUAUAAUGAAAUGUUUGGUAAAUCAUAUAGAAAACCCCUUCAAAUGGUUUCAUUGCAAGUUACAUGGUAGGAAGAAUGCCAUGUGUUUGAAGACAUUUUUGAAAAAAUAAUUGGGGAGCUGAAAUCUUCCUAUUUUGCAUUGCAAGAUAGUUAAAGCCAGACCCUGUGCUAAGUGCUCCACAAACAAAAAGAAAAACAUUCCCUGCUCUCCAUGUGCUUCCAUUCCAGUGGGAAAGACAGCACAUAAAAAGGAGCAAGGUGGGGAGCUAACUAGGGUUGGAUGGAGACAUCAGAAAUGGAGCCAAAGAUAAAGCAACAGAUGUAAAGAUGCUCAGUUGAUUAUGAUGUUAGGGAACUUUGAUUAUGUAAAUUUAUUAAUAGCAAUACCACAUCUAGGGAAAAUUUCAAUGUAAUUGAAAUUGUGAUGUGACUUUUUUUGUGUGUGAAAAUGGUAUAAUUUAGGAGAAUCUGAUAAGAUUCUGUAUUAAUAAAACCCAGUUGUAUUAUGGAUGCAUUUGCCAUGGACAGAUAUUCUUCAUUUAGCAUUACUCCAAUUAAACAAGAAUAAUUAGUAGGCUUAUUUUAUGAUAGGAUGGAAUGGCAACUGGGCCUAUGAUUUGGAUAUUCAGAGGACGAAAAUCCCUAAUGUUAAAACAGAUCAGCUCCUUCUCUAACUUGCACUGUCCGAAUUGCUUACACGGCCCUGAAAGGUUAAAUAAUUUGUUCAGGGACUUACAGCUAACAGGUGUUAGGAUUUGAAUCCAGGUUCUAAGCCUCUAUCCACUACUUUUUUGUCUCUCAUCUUGAAACAAUGUUUCUUCUAGACUGUAAUUUCUAGACUGUAGCUUAUCAAACAAAAUAAAAAUUUUACUACUAUUUGUAAGAA